GCUGUAGGCUUCCAGCGUUGGAGGGGAUGAUGGGAUCUGUAGCUGUGCUCCAGACCUGAUUUUUCCGGUUCAUUCAUGCUGGGUGUGGGCAGUUCCGCUCUUCUACAUUUUUGACCUUCCCAUGGAAAUAAAAGCAGUUGUCAGGAGAUAUGAAACAAGAAACAAGACAGCAGGAACAGAACUGUCAUCAUCCAAAUCCCGAGUUGAUUGGAGACGCACUAAAAGGGAGCUCGUGCUACUUGACAGCAGUGAUGAAUCCUCAGGCACCUCUGAGGAGGAAGAGCCUACUGCAUCAGAAGACAAAGUAGAUGAAAAAGAUGAAACCGUUGUGAAGAACGGCCUUUCAGUUCAGGAGGAGAAAAGCCACAGUAGGGAAGUAACAGAAGAUAGUGAGGAUGAGUCCAUCGUGCCUGGGAAGCGUAAAAGGUUGAACACCUCUGUCUUGUAUGACAGUGAUGAAAGUGAGGACAGUGAUAUACUUGUUAGAAAAGUUUUUGCUAAACGCCACUGUAUAAUAGAUGAAGAUGAGAGUUCCAGAGAAGAGCAACCUGACAAAACCUGCCCUACAGAAAACGUUUCUACUGAUAAGAAACAGAAAGUGUUUGCAAAAUUGAAAGAACUUGCAAGACAAAGAGCAACUCGGAGAUCCUACAGCAGUGAAAAUUGUGAGGAUUCUGAUGAUGAAGCAGAAACAGAAGAGGAGCCCCUCUGUCACUUGCCCCUUACACCAACAGAAGGUAGUGAAACUGACAGUGACAGCAUGAAAGAUUUUAUAGUAGAGGAAGAGGAAGAUGAUGAUGACAGCACAGAGCACAUAAAGAGUGAAAACCAGGCACAACAGAAGGAACUAAAUACAUCAAAUAGCGAGUUCCUGGCAUACUACGUCCCACACUUAUCUCGCUGUGAUCAUUAUGUACACUUCAGAAGAAUAGUAAAGGCUUUCCUCAUAAAUGCAAUUGACGACACUUUUCUGAGCUCAUUAUAUGAAGGAACAAGACAAAAGAAGUAUGCACAAGAUAUGUUGCUCUCACUUCAUUAUUUGGAUGACCGCUUCAUUCAGCCUCGUCUUGAGAAUUUAAUCUCUAGAAGUCGCUGGAAAGAUCGAUACAAGGAGCGUGUGGAUUGUUACCCAGACAUUCGCAUAAUCUUGAAAAAUCCAAAAAAUAUGUCUUGUCAGGCCUGUGGAUUGAAUCGGUAUUGUAAGUUUAAUGUGCUGCUCUCUGGAAGGCUUUACAAUAGUAGAACUUUGGAAGCAGAUGACUUCAUGUCAGAUGACAAGCAGGAGGUGUAGAAGGUAUAUUCCUUUUCUUUGUGACUGUAAAAGAAUUUCUGAAUACAGCUGAAGUUCCUCACAGUAUUUGCUGAAAAGAAAAAAGUGUCAGAACAAGUUGUAUUUACAACAUAUUUUGAAAUGCGGUAUAAUAGGAUUACUUAUAUGAAAAUAAAGUGAAGCCCAUCAAACUGGAAGUACACCUUACUGAAGAGCAAGCCCGUAUUGUUUGGAUCUUUGCAAAUAUUCUAACUUAGAGAUUUGAGUGGUGUCAGUGUGAUUAUCAUUAUGUCAUCAUACUGGGCUCUGUGUAUAAUGCAGAAUCUAGGAAAAUCUGUGCCACAGUUUUUCUUAAAUAGAUUACAGACCCUUCUGAGCAGCAGUUGUUAAUACUCUGUUUUGGUAAGUCUGUGUGUGCAUGAUAGUCAGGAGAGCUAGGCUUUUCCAGCAAGGCUUUUCCCCUUGUUUAUUGCACUAAAUCAGUAAGUCCUUGGCAGUCAUACUAACACUGAUACUGCAGUCCAUCGUACAGUCAUUAUUCUUCAUUAGAUACAAGUCCCUAAAUGUAGAUCACUAAUUAAAAAUUUUCAGUUUUUCAUGGCAAGUGUGUACCUUACCUAACCAGAAAUAAUAAGUGAACUAGCACAAGAAUUUAAUCUUUACUCAACUUCCAACUUCACUGUGGAAAUAACAGUAGCAAUUCCCUCACUGCUGUCCAAACAUUGUCCUACAUAAAGCUUUGGCUAUUUUUUCACUUUGGAAAAAACUUGGACUAUCCUACUGAAUAUUGAACGAACUUGCUAGUUCACUGUUGUCCUCUUCAGCUUAACGGUAGAAAAUGAGAGCUUUUUUUUACCCUGUAUACCCCAGCAUCUGGUGAGAUGCCUGGCAUGUGCAUGCUCAAUAUAGCUCAGGGGCUAUAGAACAGACCCAGGAGAGAGAGUUACUGAGCACUUUCCAGUAAUUUUUGAUAGUGCCUUUGUAAUGCAACAUUUGUGUUCUUAUGGUCAUCUGUAAUUUAGACUGCUAAAGGUACAGUUCUCAAGUAGUCUUUGAAGUUCUGCUGGUAACACACUGAUCAACUUGUACUGCCAAUUGAGAAAAAAGAAGAAAGGCACACAGAGCUACAUAAAACUGGCACUUCAAGAAGUUAAUUGACUGAAAGGGAAGGCAGUUCAGCACUGGCAGAUCAGCUUGAAUGGAAACACGUAGUUGGACUAUUUUCUAAAGUUUUAUUUGAAAAUACCCGAGAAAAGUGGAUGUGGAGAGAACAAAAACAGACCUCCAACCCUCUUCUUCUGCAUAAAACUUUCCUUUUCUCUCAUCUCUGAAGUAUUCUGCUUUGCCAGUAGAAAGAGAAGAGAAACAGCUGUUCCAUUUUUGCUUAGGCUUGCAGUGAUUGUUCUGUGUGUAGCUGCCAAUUCUCAUUCCUCCAUGGUCAGGGAGAAUCGAAUGGUUUAGAGAUAUGGAUGCCCCCCACACUUCUUUGCUCCUGUGUCACCUGGAUUAUGAACUGUUUUCUGCUCUCAGUUUUGGUGUUCUACUUCCGUUUAUAAUCAUGCUUAGAGGACAUGGGUUCAGUCACUACAUGUUGUGCUGUUGUCAGGCUAUGCUCCUGCAUUCCAUACAAAGUGAUUUAACACAACUUUGGCUGAUAUGACCAGCUUGAGUAGAUAAGUUAAGCAUUAGGACAGAGUCACUGAGAACUGUGAGAGGAAAAAAUUAGAAGUACAGUACUGAGAUUCUUUCCAAAGCUGCGUUCCGAAAUAGUAUUGUAUUUUUAGACAAUCUUUCUUGCUUUAAAAACACAAUACUUAAUUACAUUAUAGGAUAUUUAGCUAUUUGCCUCUGGCAUUUCUCCAGCAUAGAAAUACUUUACACCUCGCACAUAAAUGAACUGUGAAACUCAUUGCCACAAGAUACUUUGGAAGCAAAAUGUGUUAGUGGGUCCCGAAAGGGUUUAGACAGGUUCUUGGGGAAGCUUCUCCCACACUAUGGAACACGAUAGUUGGGAUGAUACAGACUGUCUUGACUGUUGACUGCUAAAAGCUGUAUGGUAAUGUUAUAAUCAUUCUGGUGUUCGUCUUGCAUCUUGUACUAAAUUCCUAAAUAUCUCCUGUUAGCUGUUGUUGCAGGGGAAGAACUGGGCCAUCAGUUUGAUGCAAGAUGGUAUCUCCUAUUUUACAUCACAUAAUGUUCCAUAUGCCACACCUCAUUGCUUGGGGUACUUGAAAAGUUAUGAAAUGUUCUAUGAAACACCGCAGCUCAGUUCUUGAAUGUUUCAGUAUUUGAAAUGGUACUUCUGGAAAUUUGAAUGAAUCAGGGUUAUGCGUUAGUUGGUAGGUCUUGGACUUCAGAAGCACCUAUAGCACCAAACAUAAGCCUUAGCUUUUCAGUUUUGGGGAGAGUAGAAGAUGAGCUGCAUAUAGGUACAUGUACAUGAUCAGUAGAGAAUUGCAAUAUAGUAAUAGGAAUUUUUAAUCUCAAGAUGGUUAAAAUUUCAGUUAAUAACCACCUACUGUAGGUAAGAUCAAAAGUUCUUUUAAGUGAGUGUCUUUUGACUUCAGUGGUAUUAUGCCUGCUUGUAUCAGUUGAGCUGCUGGUUAAUAUAUUUAAGAAAUAAAGUUCAUUCAUGUAUUUAAGAAAAUAUAUA